GCCAGCAGCACAAUUAUGAACAUACUCUUCAGGUUUGGAGAGUCUCGAAACCUGACCUUUGCUUUCCCAUCUAAAAAUGGAGCGCAGUUCUACUACCCUGGAUUUUUUAGUGCUUCUCAGGUAGACAACUUCUCUGAGGGCAACAACAAUACAUUCCAUAUCAUGUGCCAUCAUAUGAGGUUCCGGCUUAAUGAGGUGGAAAAGGUGAUGCCAAGUGACACAUUUUAUUUUACCAUCCUAAGGAACCCAAUCUCCCUCAUGGAAUCUUCAUUUUCAUACUAUAAAGCAACGCCUAGCUUUUCCAAAGUUAAAAGUCUAGAGGACUUCCUCAACAAUACCUCCAAAUUCUAUUCAAGUAAAAGUAUGUCAAGUAAUUAUGCCAAGAACUUCUUAACAUUUGACUUGGGUUUUGACAACAAUGGGCAAGUAUCUGAAAGGCACUUAAAUUAUAUGCGACGAGUAGUGGAGACUGUGUUUGAUCUAGUGCUCAUCACAGAAUACUUUGAUGAAUCUUUGGUGCUCUUGAAGGAUGCCCUAUGUUGGACUUUUGACGACGUGUUGUCAUUUCCACUUAACAGCAGGAGCAACAGCACCAAAAAGAACCAUACUUUUGAAACUCAUGAUAGGAUAAAGGCAUGGAAUCAGCUCGAUUGGGAACUGUAUGUCUACUUUAACAGGUCAUUCUGGAAUCGGGUAGAGAAAUUUGGAAAGGACCGUAUGCAGCAAGAGGUGAAGGAACUUAGAUGGCGGAGGGCUCAGAUGUCUGAAAUAUGUUUUCAGGGUGAGGUGGAAGCCAAAGAAAUAAAAGACAAGUCACUGAAGCCAUUCCAAUAUGGAUUGGCCAAGAUUCUCGGUUACAAUCUGAAGCCAGGACUUGGAAUGGCUGAACAGCUACUGUGCCAGAGAUUAGUAACUCCAGAACUGCAGUACAGCAGUCUCUUGCGUAAGAAAGAGAUUAAAAAAUGAAAAAGAAUCCGCAGGUUCGUAAUUGGUUUAACUAGAAAUGGAAAAAAUGCAAGGUUUGCAAUUUAA